AUGCACUUCUCCAAGGCUGUACUCCUUGCCCUGACUGGUAUUGCUACAGCUCAUCCUGGUGUCCAUGAGCACAGCUCUUAUACCAAGGUGACUAAAAGGGACUUCUUGCAAAACGCCCGCCGUAGUCUCGAUCAGUGUGCAGACCACCUCGAGCGUCGCGGUGUGGAUUCUCGUGCCGAAGCUCGCCGUGCCGCUCUCCUCGAGACCAACAAGAAGCGAGCUCUCUUCCCUCGUGAUACAGACAAAGUUGUGAACACCUCUCACCACUCCACUCUGAAGGUCACCUCAAACACCCCAGAGACAGACCUCUUCUCCAACAACCCCACAUGCAUCCUCUCCCCCGAGGGAGAAGUUGGUCCAUUCUGGGUGAAGGGCGAAUUGAUCCGCAACGAUAUCCGCGAUGGCCAGGCCGGUAUCCCAGUCAUCAUCGAUGGACAAUUCAUCGACAUCAACACCUGCGAGCCGAUCCAGAAUCUGUACUGGGACGUGUGGAACUGCAACGCCACCGGUGUCUACUCUGGAGUCCAGAGCGACAUGAACGGCAAUGGAAACGAUGCUACAAACCUGGACAAGACUUUCCUUCGUGGUAUCCAGAAGACUGACUCUGACGGCGUUGCCCAGUUCAAGUCUCUGUUCCCGGGCCACUACUCUGGCCGGGCCACUCACAUCCACGUUAUUGCCCACACCAAUGCGCACAUCCUGCCAAACAACACUCUGACUGGUGGCCAUAUUUCACACAUUGGUCAGCUGUUUUUCGAUCAGGACCUUAUUACAAAGGUCGAGGCUACCUACCCGUAUAACACUAGCACUGUGGUUAUUACCGAGAAUGGUGAUGACCAUGUUGUUCAGGUUGAGACCGAAGACUCUAACUCUGAUCCCUUCUUUGAGUAUGCCAUGCUUGGGGACUCUAUUGAGGAUGGUAUUCUCGCUUGGGUUACUAUGGGUGUCAAUGUGUCUGCUAGCCAUGAUUCCGAUGCUAGCUAUGCAGCCAGACUCACUGCUUCUGGUGGAGUAAGCUCGGGAAGCUCUGUUUCUUUCUAA